AUGAAUUCGCAAUCAGGUCCUAGCAACCGGGUGCCUCUGACUGGAGAUGGACUUGGCCCGGCGGACCGGCGGGUUACGGCGCCAUCUCCUCUAUAUUUGAACCUGCCCAUUUAUAUUUCCAUAAUCGCUAUAGCUGUGGCCCUCUUUAUCAAAACGGCUGUCCAUCAAAUUCCUGAGGGCCAUGUGGGUGUCUACUGGCGCGGCGGCGUGCUGCUCCACCGAACCACCUCCCCGGGUAUCCGCGUGCGCCUGCCGCUCCUGGACACGUUCGAGGCGAUACAGACCACCAUGCAGACAGACAGGUUGACGGACAUUUUGUGCGGUACAAAGGGUGGCGUCACCAUCACGUUCGACAACGUAGAGGUCGUAAACCGGCUCCGGCGCGAUUUAGUAUACGAGACAAUACGGGACUAUGGCGUGCAGUACGACCGUAUCUGGAUAUACGACAAGGCCCGUCACGAGAUUAGUCAGCUCUGCAGUAGUCGUACAUUGGAGGAGGUCUAUAUCACCCAGUUUGACCAGAUCGAGGGCCAGCUCAAGGACGCUCUGCAGGCGGACUGCAACCGCUACGCGCCCGGCAUAGAAAUCAUCGCGGUGCGGGUCAGCAAGCCCACCAUUCCGCAGUCCGUGUUGGAUAACUACGUGGCCAUGGAGGUGGAGCGCACGAGGGCUAUGGUGGCUCUGGAGCGGCAGCGGGUGAUGGAGCGUGAGGCGGAGGCGGAGAGGAUAAAGGAGGUGUCGCAGGCCCGUCGCGUCGCUGAGACCAGCGCCAUCCAGAUGCAGCAGCUGCUGGCUGAGAAGGAGGCGCAACGGGCCCGGGCGGAGAUUGACAACGACAUUUUUCUGGCCCAACAGAAGGCGCGUGCGGACGCAGAGAAAUACAGGUUGGAGCGCGAGGCGGAGGGGCUGCGCAGCAAAUUGACACCGCAAUACUUGGAGUAUGAAUUGAUACAGGCCUUGACCAACAACACCAAGAUAUUCGUUGGCGACCGGCUGCCGUCCCGGCUGCUGCUGGACGCAAGGACGGCCCUCCGAGGGGUCUUCGCAGCAUUGGAGACCACAGAGAUAGAGGCGACGGCUGCGGAGGCAGAGUCGGAGCAACAAGAGCAGCAAGAGCAGGAGGAGCUCGGGUAUUAG